AUGUUUAUUUAUUUUUGAGAGAGAGAGAGAGAGCAGGGGAAAGGCAGAGAGAGAGGAAGACCCAGAAUACGAAGCAGGCUCUAGGCUCCAAGCUGUCAGCACGGAGCCCGACGUGGGGCUCAAAUCCACGAACCAUCAGAUCGUGACCUGAGCUGAAGUCAGACACUUAACCGACCGAGCCGCCCAGGCGCCCCAGAGAGAGAGAGAGAGAGAGAGAGAGAGAGAGAGAGAGAGAGAGAGAAUCUUAAGCAGGCUCCAAGCUCAGCACACAGCCUGAUGCAGGGCUCAAUCCCAUGACCCUAGGAUCACUUUCUGAGCUGAAAUGAACAAUCCAAUGCUCAACUGACUGAGCCACCCAGGUGCCCCUGAAUUUUUAAGUUAAAUGUAAAUAGCCAUACAUAGUUGUGGCUACCAUAUUGGACAGCACAGGCUUAGAGGUAACUUUAACAUUUUUAUGAGGGAGAAACAAGUGGAGCAAAAAGGAAAAGUGAUCUUUGGGAUUUUUUUCAAGCAGUGUAUUCUUUAGGGGUUUGUUCUAUAUCUUAUAUCAUUUUAGUUUUAUGUCCAAUAAAAUAAUUGAGUUGUUGGGAACAGCUUCUUUGGAGCUUUGUGUGACUUAUUUAAGAUGGUAGAGAAAUACAUUGUUAAGGUUGUGAGGGUGGUACUGUCCCACAGCACCAUGUGGAAAUGUGUGUGUGGGCUUUGUGUUGUCACGGUGACUGGUCAGUGUUACUGGCCUUGAAUGCCUGGAGGCCAGGAAUGUUAACUGCAUUAUUAUCCUGCUUAAAAUGCCCAUAGUACCUUCAUUGAGAGAUACUGUUGGAUCUUUUUGAUGGUAAGAGUUAUAUUAGAUUUAGGAAUCCUAGCAACCCUUUGGUUUAUCUCCUCUGAAAAACAGACAUCUGGAACACAUUCUCCAACGGUCUGGCUAUAAGGUUUUUCUGUUCUGUAGCUUAUGGUGUUCUGAGUCUAGGAUUUCUUUUCAGCACCAAACGAUUCAAAGAACAUUCGAAUGUUGGAAAUGAUUUUGGAAAACGCUGAAGGAGCUAUUUAAUGUUUGUUUAGAGCUGAAGCAGUGAAACUGGCACCUUAUCUAGUGUGUGUAAAAAUCCAUGGGGAUGAUUGAAAAACCAUUCUGCUGCAAAUGAAUGGAAGAAAACAGGAGCUCUAAUUUUGGUCAGCUGAACCCUACCCACACAGUAUUCACUUUUCUCGCUUUAAAAGACAGAUUGGUCAAACUACUGGUAUUGUAUAGAAGAAUGCAUGUAUUUAUAGAAUAUAUUUCCAAACUUAAAGGCACUUUUCUUCCUGAAAGAACAAAGUAUAAAUGAAACUACCAAUGUUAAGUGCAGGUGAAUGGUUUUACUGCUGUUUUCUGUUAUGGUCCCUGGAGCACAGAUCUGUUUUCCUGGAAAGGAAACUUUCACUUGAUAAAUGGGCUGGAACAGAAGGUUUUAUGUCUGCGUGAGUUACAGAAAGGACUAGUAGUUAGUAAAGGUGAUAAAAUUGCAGACGUCAGGUAAUGACACUUUCAAAGGCAACCCAUGUGGGUUGUUGACAGAGCCUGCAAGCCUUUAAGAUUGUUCCUGGGCCACGCUUGGAAGAAGGUACUUCUUGUGUAACUGUCAUAGUCACUUGGGACCAUUUUUGAUACAAUCUGGUGUUAUUAUGCUUUUUUUUCUUUUGUAAUUAUGGGUGAUUGAUUAUUGCAUUAAUGUCAAUAUAGGGGGUAUGUUAAAAAAAGGAAAAGAUGAGCAAUUUUUCUUAUUUUUCCCCCUCAAUGCUAUAGUAAUGGUCCUUAUCUUGUUCUAAUAAAAAUAUAAUCUGAUGUCUCUGUUUUGCCUAAAGACAAAAUAUAAUAUAUGGAAAUCUGAAAAGAUGUUCUAUGAAACAUGUUUUCUUAAACAUUGAAGUUUAUCUAAUUUUAGCUGGAGAUCAAGUAAGAAUAUCUAUUUUGGGAGGAGGAUUUCAAGUUUCUAAUACAAUAUUGUUCUUAUACAGUUUAUAAGCUAUGUUAAUUACUUUCAGUUAAUAGCAUGAUAUAUGUUUAGUGUAAUCUAUUUCAAAUGCAUUAAGUAUGUAAAAUCUCUGCUAGCUCCCUAAGUGUUGCAGUGUGUGUGUGUGCGCGCGCAUGUGCAUGCGCACACGUGCAUGUAUGCACUUAUGCUUACAUGUGUGUUUUAAAGGCAGAAUCCCCUCAUUAUGAACCACUGAAUGAAGAAAUUGCACAAAUCAAUAAUAACACAAAAUACAUUCUUUUUUUCUACAAUGCCAGAUGCAUUUACUGAAUUAGUUUUCUAGAAUGUGAUUUUUCCCCCACUGUGGUUUACUGGAGAACUUUUUUAAAAAUUAUUUUUUAUUUUAUUUUUAAUGUUUCUUAGAAAGGAGUUCUAAAUGGGUUGUCUGUAGGUCAUAAUUGUUACUUAUUUGAUUCAUAACAUGUGGAGAGUGUCUUUGCAGGAUGACAGCACUCUGCUUAGAGAUCUCCCAUUUUCAGUUGUCUAUAAAUCUGAGGUCAGGGUGUCUUAAGAUGAUAUGGUCAUUGUGUAUUGUCUACUUUUUAGUAUUGAGAAGAAUGACUUUUAUGAUAUCUCAUUAUAAAUUCUAUUUAUGUCCUUCCUCCAUUCCUUCCUUCAUUCUUUCUGUUUCUUUACAUAUUUAUAUGGAUGAAUAUUGAAUAGUAUGGAUACUAUAUUUUUGGUAGAAUAACUGGAUCCAGAUGGAAGAUGAUUUCCUUUUGGAUAUAUAGCAAUAAAAUGAUUUAAUUAAGGAGGGAAGAACUCAAUGUCCUGACGAUGAUUUCUCAGGCAAUUAUAAUUAGAGGUCUAGGGAGACAGCUACAGAGUUCUUUGAUCUUAUUUUUGUAUUAAACAUUUGGCUCAGAAUUUUACCAUUUCACCAUGUUGCCCGUGGUGUCUGGAGAAACACAAUGAAAUAUUCAGCUUGUUGAAUCUCUUAAUUCAGAAAUAUGUUGUGUAUAUGGAAAAGAAAUGAACAGUCCGUAGAAAUUUAUUUUAACUCUGGAAAGAGGCAUUUUAAUAAUUUGGAGUUCUUGACUGACUUUUUUUUAUGCCUUUUAACAUAGAAUCCAUCAAGAUUUCAUGGCAAAGAUGGAGAAAAUGAUUGUAGUCAUGUAAUAUAUGAAGGUUUCUGUCAGUGUUCUAGCAUCUCUAAUAUAUCCUAAAGAAUGCAAUAAAUGGUAUUAGUUCUUGUCUUUUUCUUUAAAACUUUUUCUUUUGUUGAAAAUGUUAAACAAGUAUUCCUAGAAUAAUAUUAUAUAAUUUCUACAGUUAUGUAUUUUUUGUCAGUUCAUAUAAAGACAUUUAUACCAUAGUGAAUGAACCACCAAAAAAAGAAUGGCUCAGUCCCCAGGCAUUGACUCCAAGUUCAGAAGCUUUCUGCCUCCCACAUACUUUUCCCUAAUUCUUUGAGUGGAUCGAGGGGACAUGUGCAACUGUGUUCUUGUCCUGUGCUCAGGGAGAAAAUGUAGAAGCUACCAUUGGACUGUCUCCCAAAUGACUUAAAGAAUCUAUUUACCAUUAAGAAAGCUAUCUCUGAGGGCGCCUGGGUGGCUUAGUUGGUUAGGCGACCAACUUCAGCUCAGGUCAUGAUCUUACAGUUCAUGGGUUCGAGCCCUGAGUCGGGCUCUGUGCUGAUGGCUCGGAGCCUGGGGCCUGCUUCAGAUUCUGUGUCUCCCUCUCUCUCUGCCCCCCACCCCCCAAUACUUGUGCUCUGUCUCUCUCUUUCUCUCUCAAAAAUAAAUAAAUGUAAAAAAUAAAAAUUAAAAAAAGAAAGCUAUCUCUGAAUAAACAUUGAUUCUAGAUGAUGAGUAUCUGAAAAUAAACUCUUGAUUAUAGAAAUAAAACAUUUAUUUUCUUUUUUAAUAGUUAUUUUAUUUUUUACAUUUAGUGCACUCAUACUUUAUGUCAAAUGUUAAGGAAUGUCUGUGAGCCUUUAUUAUUAUCUUGUGAUAUUUUAGAGAUAAAUGAAUUAGUAUGACUUUAAAAAAGUACCCAAAUUAAGAGAAUAUAGAAGUUACAGUAAACAAUUAAAAAGAUGACUUAUCUUUCAAGGGCUAUUUUGGAUAAAAGAAAAUAUUUACAGUACUUUAAUCUGUAUUUCUAUAAAGACUUGAUUCAAAUGUAUUUUGGAGUAUUUUAGGUAGGUAGGUAAGGGCACCUAGCAUGUUUUAUCUUUUUAUUUCCUGAGAUAUUUUUGUAACAUGGCUGUGUUUAAGUGUUUUGCUGCUGUAUAAUGCCUGGAAGUUCAAUGGCCUCUGUAUUUUGUUCAUUGUCAUAUCAUCUGUCCUCAGUGUAUGCUUUUCUUUUCCUUAAACACACAUUCCUGGAAUCUUUUACAUUCUUAAUGAAACACUAAGACAUAAGUCCUUGAAUCUAAUUUCACUGAAGUAGAAUGUAUUUGUUAAUACAUUAUAGUAUUGACAAAAUAACUUAAAAAUUUUUCUCAAUUUUGUUUGAUCAUUAUUUACUCAUGUUUUAUUGCGAGAACUGAAUCUCAAUAAUAGUAAUUCAUGUUAUGUAAAUAUAAAAUCUAAUACUACUUUAACAUUUGUAAAGAACAGGGAAAUCUAAAAGCUGUUGAUCCUAAGUCUAGCCCCAGUUUCAACUCACUUCACCUUUAGUUAUCUCCUAUGAUAAAGAGUCAUAAAUGGUCCCUGUUUUUCCUCUGUCUUUACAUUGGUCAUUAUCAUUAAUAUAAACCAUUUCCAGUUUUCAUGAUUAGAUAUGUGUAUCAGAUUUUUAUGAAAUGCUAAAGGAUUACUGAUAAGACCCCAUGAGAUUUAGUUCCUUCUUUGCAUAUCACACUUCCUGCCCAAGUGCUGGUGGACUGUGGAAACAAUGGCUAACAUGGAUCACUGUUUCAAGAUACGGUAUGCUGAAUUCCCAGACAUUAAUUUAAAAAUAAAUUAUGCUCAUGAAAAGUAUGUAGGGCAUGUUUCUGCUAAAAAAAAAGUCCUGGGAAAAAGUCUGAGUUGGAUUGAGAAGAUAGUGUUCCAUAUAAAUGACUCAAAGGACAGAUAUUUGUUAUACUUUUAUCUUUAACUUGGCAUUUAAUGUAUUCAAAAGUUGAUGCAUUUUGUUUGUUAAACUUACGUAUAUAUAGAUCAUAAAUAGAAAUGUUUUAGAGAUAUUUUGUUGUUUAGGUGAAAAAGUCAGUCAGAGUAAUUUAAUAAAUAAUACUAAUUCCUGAUAUUUCACCAUUUACAAGGUGUUCUCAGACAUGAAAUAAGGGUAAUACGUUGCUGACAGAUUCACAUAUUUCAUGUCUGAGAAAACUGAGGUACAGUGUUGCCUAAAGCAGGAUUAAAAAGUGGAUCUUGCUUUAAUUCCAGCAAUUUUCCCAUCUUCUACCAUUUUCAGAGUUGAUUUAUGGUAGAGUCAAUGUGCUUUUUUAAAGGGCAUUGUCCAUAUUUUGUUGGAAAUAAUAAAGCUUUCAAAGGAGAAAAGUUGUUACAAGUUUGUCAUUCUCUUACAUUUUUUAAAGUUUCAGCAAUGAACUCUCUCCUUUGCAAGUUAUUGUCCUUGUGCUUUAGGGUUGCUGCUGCCAGUUGGUAGCAGUGUAAUAUGGUCAUGUAUUCUGAAUAGUUUGUACAUUUUCUGAGAUUCAAGGAUUUUGCUUAAGCAUGUCCAUUUAUUCACUCAACAAACAUUGCUAGGCACUAGAAUUACUGAAAUUUUUAUUUUUUAGAAAGCCUUUUAAUUCAGAAUUAAAAUUUAAAUAAUCUUUGCAUAAAUGCCAUUUAAAGUUAAUAUUUCUCUACAGAUUUACGAACAGAAAUACACUGCAUUGUUACCAAUCCUUUAUCCUCUUGGCCAGUCAUUCUGGCCCGAAUUAUAUGUGUAGUUCUUGGUUACAGUAUUUUAUCUUAAGACUGAUUCUUAGCUGGUAGAUUUCAUAGCUUUCAGGCUUUUAGACUUACUUCACGUAUAAAAUGAAAUGCCUUUUCUUUUUAUGGAGUGAAUAUUUUUCAUAGAGAGCUCAUUCUACUUUUGCAACUGUGACAAAGUGAAAACCAUCAGUAAUUCUAUUGCUAGAUAUAUCCACUGUAUGGGUUUUUUUUAAGUAUUUUAAAUUUUAUUUGAAAAGUUUAUUCAAAAAGGUGUAUUAUUUAUGUAUGUAUGUGUAUUUAUUUAUUUGCUUGAGAGAAAGAGCAUGUGCAAGUAUGGGGAGAGGGGCAGAGAGAGAGAGAGAGAGAGAGAGAGAGAGAGAGACAGACAGAAAGAGAGAAUCUUAAGGCUAAGCAUGGAGCCUGAUGCAGGACUCUAUCCCAGUACUCUGGGAUCAUGACGUGAGAUGAAAUCGAGAGUCAGAUGCAAAACUGACUGAGCCACCCAGGUGUCCCUAUUCAAAAAAAUUUAAAUUGUGACAAAAUAUACAUAACAUAAAAUUUACCACUUAACUAGCUCAGUAGUUAUGCUGCCAACCUUUAGAACUUUGUAUCUUGCUGGAGUGCUAUACCCAUUAAACAAUUCUCCUUUUCUGCUUCCUGCAGCCUCUUGCAACUAUCCUUCCACUUUCUGUCUCUGUGAAUUUGAGUACUCUAGUACCACUUAAAAGUGGAAUCAUAUGCUAUUUGUCUUUCUGUGACUGGUUUAUUUCACUAGCAUAAUGUCUUCAAGGUUCAGCUGUUGUAGCAAGUGUCAGAAUUUCCUUCCAUUUUUCCACUGUAUGCUUUUCCAAAAAACUUCAAAAUGCUGUAUUAUUCCUACUGCUUUGUAUGUUUUUUUUCACACCUGACAAUGUUGAAGAUGCCUUUCUGAAAACAUCGGUAUUUACACACCAUUAUGUAUAUGUCAUUUCCAUGGCUACCAAGAAUAGCAUCCGUGUUCUACAGAUGGCGAAAGUGAGGCUUGGAGGUGAAUAACUUUCAGUUUACAAGGUAGUAGUGUAGAGAUUAGUAGAGACUAAUCCAGAUCUGCUUGAUUCUGGAGUCAGACUGCAGCAUGGUACCUCUAUAUCAAGGAUGUGAUUAUUAUGAGAAAAUGAAGCAGUUUUGAAGACAAAUUUCUGUGGUGCUGAAGGACUUGAUUGUAUGCUUUUGUUGUGGGAGGCAUACAACUUGGAUUUUAUGAUUGCAGAAGGCACAAAUGUCUGUCUCUAAAAAUUUCUUCCAAGUGUUGUAUUUUCUCUUGGUUCACUCAUAUCUGUGCUAAGACUGGAUUGUUUCUGAGAUGGCUGCAAGUCCUGAUCAGAAAUAUAUUUUCAACGGCCUCUCAAAAAGCCAGAGAUAAAAUAGCAGAGAGGAAAUUAUCUGCCUGUUAUCUGAAGGAUAAUGAAAAGUGAAAAAUGCUGAAAUUCUCAGUGGGCUAAGUCAGAUAUCAUGAUUAGUGUAUCUCAUUACAAGCAUUUUAGAACUGGAAAAGACCACAGAAAUAAUCUAAACUUAAUUCUUAAUUUCAUAAAUGAGAUACUGCCAUGAGAAGGCCAACCAAAGCAUUAAACUGUUCAGUUAGGAUUUGAAACCUAAGUUUCUUGUUUCUCAAGAAUUCUCUUUCCGCUUCUGUUGGUGAGCAGUGCCAGAUUUUCUCAUACCAAACUAGCUAUUACUUUUUAUACUAUGAGUGUACUUCAUAUAAGUUUCCUGGCUUAUAGUAUAACUGAGGAGAUUUGGAAAUCUUUACUAAUGGUUUCCAUUUUUUUAUAGAAUUUUUGAGGGUUAGAGAUUAAUGUGGGUUGUAAAUGUUUUUGUUGCCCUUGAAAGUUGAUUUCUCACAAUUGAUUCAGCAAUUACCACUAGUUCUAAGGCAUAGGGAAUAAACAAGGCAGUGUGGGCUAUCAAUACUCAUGGUAUCAUUAUAAGCGAAGGGGCCUGGGGUGAAAGUUUUCUUGAGUUCCCAGCCCUGAUCCAGCAAGCAGUUAUUGAUGGAAUCCCAUUACCUUUACGAGUCUUGUUAAUGGCAGAGACCUAAUUGAAGAUCAGAGCUCUUUCAGAGAAAGGUCAAAUCAACUAUAGUAAAGGUUACAGAACAGAGGUUGGCAAACUAUAAUCCGAGGGCCACCUGUAUUUGUUUGGCUUGCAAGUUAACAGUGUUUCUAGAAAAAAUAUUUUUCAAUGAUUGAAAUCAAUUCAGAAGAAGAAAAAUACUUUAUGAUACAUGAAAAUUUAAGAAAUUCAGUUUCACAGUCUAUAAAUUAAGUUUUAUUGGAACGCAGCUGUUCUCAUUUGUAUAUGUGUUGUGUAUAGUUACUUUUGCAAUAAAAUGGCAAAGUGAGGAGUUGUGACAGAGACUGGAAGGUCCCACAAAAUCUACAAUAUUUACUAUUUGGUCCUUUAUAGAAAGAAUGUGCUGACCCUUAUAAAACAACCAGAAUGAUUUAUGUUUUGGAGUACCAUGGAUAAUUCGUGACUUUCUUUGCUUACAAAAAACUUGUGCUGAAUACUACCGUAUUUCUUGAAGAACUUCUCCAUUGUUUUUGUUUGUUUGUUUGUUUUGUUUUGUUUUGCCUCUGGGACAACCCACAGUAGUCCAUUCAUGACUAUUUUUCAUAACUAUCUUUGCUUAUUUUGCAGCGAUUCCUUUUGCCAGCCAGAUGAACAGACCAAAAUCACACAGUAAAGUCUGUGUUUUGCCUAAAGAAACUUUCUAUAGAGGGAUAUGUCUGGGUUGGGUACUUGUUUUGUUACCUGGUUGGUGCUUGAUGGUCAUCUGUCUUGGUGUACUUAAAAAUUUUGAGAUAUGGAGGCAGCACACUCAUGGGAGGAGUUGGUUUCACCUGUUGGAAUCUUCUUCAGAGAACGCUUUUUGUAGUGAAGUGUUCUUAUGUUGUGGGGUAAGCCAUGAGGUAGUCUUGGGGCUCGAUAAGCAAAGCCAAUGAAGAAUGACAGAAUAUGAAAAGGAGUUGCUGAAGCAGACGCAGGCUGGCGUGGGUGGUAAGAAGCUCGGGAGAGCAGCAACAUCUUAGGUAAAGUUUGUUCCAGUUAAGGGGAAGUUGGGAUGAGGCAUAACAUUAAGGCAUUUUGACUCAACUCUGAGUUGGUGAGGAGGGUGAGAAUAGAGACCAGAGGGAAAACCCCAUGCUAUUAUUUCUGUAAUGUGGAAAAGCAGGGUGAGCAUUUAUAAUCCACCUCUGGGGUUUUAAAAUGUGCAAUAAAGUGAGUUAUUGAAUGGGUUGGAAAUAUGAUGUAAAUAUUAUGAUAAGGUCAUGGUUUUCAGAUUUGAGGGAAGAGUGAAGUGGGAGUCAUGCUCUUUCUCCUUCUCUGGGGAGAGAAAAGGGCUGUGGACUCACAUUUUAGGAACUACUCUGGAGAGAGAGGACAGCUUUGUCUCAGCCCCUACGCUGUCACCUACAAACUUGGCACUCCCUGUCCAGGCCAUCUCAGGCAUGUCCUGGAAGUAGGGGUCUCUUUCAGAAGCUUUCUUGCUGACAUCCAGGCCUUGUUGUCUUAAGAGGGGUGACCUUUACCAUGAACCAGUUGGUAGACUUCCCAACACUUAUUUCUUGUGUGUUUUGUGUGUGUUUGUAUUCAUCUACUAACCCCAGGCUGAGAGAAACAGUGUACCUGGAAACUGUUGGAGGCUCCCUCAGAGCCAUCCAGUGUGUGAAUGCACUGGAUUUGGAUGAUAACACCUGGCUCCCUGGCUCCCCACCCUUGAGGUGGGGCUAUUCUCAAGGCUCCAGCAGGAUGGAAGAGGGGAUGAUGUGGACUAGAGGAGGAACAGUUACCUGCAGGAGUUACUUGAGUUUUCUUUUCCAGGUGUAAUUGGUUUACACUAGAAUCCUAGAUUGUUGGAGUUGGACUAGAUUUUAAGGAUCAUCUAGUUUAGCCUCCUCAUUUUGCCAGCGAGGGAAUGGACACCUACAGAGGUUCCAGGACUUAGAGAGGAAAUGAGUGGCAAUGUUGAGGCUAGGCCUCAGGUCUCUUGAUUCAGUAACUAUGCUUCUUCCAGCCUGGAGCAUGAAAGGCUGAAUUGUAGCAGGAAUCUGAAAUGGGGUUCCAGGGUGUAAUGCGGGGUGCUGCUAAGUCAGUAAGUUGGUGUUAGGAGAGUGGUCCCUGUGCCUCUGACGACUUGUUGCUACUUGUUGGAGAGGACUGUGAUGUAAUUGUUGCUGGGGAUGGUGUGUGUGUGGGAGGCUGCCUCUGGACAUACCAGAGAGUCUCCUUUGCUGAGAGUGAAAUGGGGAUAGAGAAGUUUCUUGGGGAGGAAGGUAAGGGAGAAGUAGUUGAAAGCCCUCCUCCUGAGUGACCUGUGUAGUUAGAGGAACUUGCCUAAACCCUUUAGAGGUCAGGAAAGUAGUAUAUACUGUGACAUUUGGAGAACUGAAAAGUAGAGAGGAAUGGACUUGGUGGCUGCUGGGAGUGUGGGGAAUAGUUCCGGUCCUUUUAUGGUUAUAGCUUUCUGCUCUUGACUGCUUAUUUUUGCCUAACUGAUGAAUGCAACUCUCAUUUUAACUAUCAAAAUGACUUAGGACAUUAUCUCUUUCAUUCUGUUUCUUUGUUUAAUCUUUCCAUAUGUUGGAAUUGAACAUAGACUAUACAAGAGAAGUUUUAUAAACUCUGAACUGAAAUAUUUGGGAAAUUGCAGGUUUUAUUGGAAAGAAUGAACUAAGUUUUUGGAAAUGUUUUUUUUGUUGUUGUUUUGCUUCCAUUUGUUGAUCACCUACUCUAUAAAGGCAGUGUUAUAUAGGACUCUGAGAUGGGCUUCGGUUGAAUCCUGGCUCUGCUAUGUUUAGUUAAGUGACUGAUUUACCCUCCAUGCCUCAAUUUCCUCAUCUAUAAAUGAGGAAAAUAUCUUACAAGGCUGUUGUGAGGUUUAAAUAAGUUAAUACAUGAUGUAAGACAAUGCCUGGUACACAUUAAGCAACUACUUACACAUUAGCUCUUCAUUUACCUAUUAGCUAUUAUCAUGUCCCAGGCAUUGAUGGUAGGUCCUUUGUCAAUUUAUGAGCCACCAGAGGCUCAGAGAGAUUUAAAAACUUAAGAUUGUCCAGCUAAUAAGUGGCUAACGUGUGACUUGUACCUUCUCUGUCUGAUUCAAAGCCUGACUCUUAACUACCCUGCUGGCUUUCUGAGCUGUGGUAAAUCACUUAACUGUAGAUUGUAGGCUUUUUAAAAAUUAAAAAAUUUUUUUUUAUUUGAGUAUAGUUGACACAACAAUGUUACAAUUAGUUUCAGGUGUUCAGUAUCUCCCACUCCCUUUCCCCCAUUUUGCCUAUCUCCCCCCACAUUACCCCACCUUGCAAAUCCUCAGUUUGUUCUCCAUAUUUACAGGUCUGAUUCUGCAUUUUGUUUUUGUUUAUUCAUUUGUUCUGUUUUUUAUAUUCCACAUACAAGUGAAAUCAUAUGGUAUUUGUCUUGACUAUUUUACUUGGCAUAAUAUCCUCUAGGUCCAUCCAUGUUGUUGAAAGUGGCACAAUCUUAUCCUUUUUAAGGCUGUGUAAUAUUCCAUUAUGUAUGUAUAUGUGUGUAUAUGUCUUAUACACAUACAUGCAAUACCACAUCUUCUUUAUCCAUUCAUCUAUGAAAGUAUACUUAGGUUGCUUCUGUAUCUUGACUGUUGUAAAUAAUGCUGGAAUAAACAGAGCGGUGCAUAUAUCUUUUUCAAUUAGUAUUUUUAUUUUCUUUGGGUAAGUAUUCAGUAAUUGUAAUUAUUGGAUCAUUUGGUAUUUCUAUUUUUAAUUUUUGAGGAACUUCCAUACUGUUUUCCACAGUGGCUGCACCAAUUUACAUUCCCACCAACAGUGCAUGAGGGUUCCUUUUUCUCCACAUCCUCAACACUUGUUAUUUCUUGUCUUUUUGAGUGUAGCCUGUAUAGUACAGGUUUUAUAGCUAUUUACCCAUCUAUCCAUCUCUCUUGUCUCUUCUCAUUUGGAUUUUUCAUUAUGUUCUCAUUUUGUGAAUAAAAGGCAUUUCCUUAAAACAUCUGUGAUUUAAACAAGAAUUAUAAAAUACUAAGAAGGAUAAGAUAAAACAAUUGCUCUUAAAACAAUGCCACUCAAAUAAUUAGAUAAGAAGUUUAAAAAGCAACGCUAACAGUACUAAAUUGUGAAAGACAUAAAAUGUCAUUUCAGGUGACAUCUGAUAAUGGCUAUCAGUGUUUCCACACACUUGUAAGUUUUGUGGACAUUAAGACAGUUAUUAUUAGGCAUUUCAGGUUAGCAUUUAAAACAAUUAUGGCAUUACUGUUUUAACCAUUUGCACAUCUUAAUUACCAGGAAGAAACUGUAUCAAAUUUUUGUAGCUCAUGGAAAGCUUUCUAAUCUCUACUCUAGAUUAAGAUAAAGAGAAUUAAGGCCUGAGAAAUGAGACAGGGCUGCUUAGCAGCAGUGGCAGGUGAGGUUGAUGAGAAUUAACAGCUUUUGACUGUCAACAGAAUGGUGGUGUAAUGGGAUCUGCUUAUGGUAAUGAGGCAUUGACUGGAUGGCUGAGUGAAAUGAGGCUUUCUCAUUUAUUUUAUAAAAUUAUUGGGGAGAUCUGUUAAAUGAUGAUCUUGAGCCCAGAAUUUUUAGAUUUCUGUAGGAUACAUACUUUUGAUGUUGAGCUGAAAUUAGCAAUCAUAUUUUAUAGUGCUGUAAACUUUGUAAUUAUCUUACUGAGAAUCUUAUUCAAGGUAGCAAAAUAAAAGCAAAACAAAACCUCUCUAAACAACCAAUACCUUAUCUUUCGCAAAACAGCUGUAAUUUAGGGGAGUAUUUAAUAUAUCUCUAAAUUGGAAAAUUGUCCAGCCACUCAAGUUGCUCAAAAAACAAACAGACAAAAAGAAGCUGAUAAUUUUUUUCAGUUUAUUUAUUUAUAUCCUGUUUCUGAGCAAUGUUAAGAAUUAUAUCAAGAUGAAGUAGCCACUGUUAAAGUUAAAGUUUCAGCCAGGACACGCUCAAGAUCAAAACAAUUGGCAAUAAAGUAGAAGGUGGCUCAGGGUCUUUGCAAUGUGACAUUAAAGACUGUAUCAGAUAGAGUCUGUCUCAGGAAUGACCAUAUGUCCUUUCCAUCUGAUGUCUGUUUCAGGACUCAGACAAAUGACUUCAGGGUUUUAGAUCUGCUUUAGAGGAUUGUUCUUUCAUCACCUUUAUUAGGUUUGGUUACAAAUUAAUCAAAUGUGUUUCAAAUGGAUCAAGUGUGCAUACUAUCAAAUGAAUGGACAUCAUGACAAAACUAUAAAAAUUUGGAUGAUUACUCCUUUCAGGUUAAAUGGGUUUGUAACGUUGAGUACUAGGAUGAAGUAUAGACACCUACGUGUUCUUCUUUUCACUUAGAGAAAGAAUUUUUCGCCCUAGUUUUAACUAACAAUACAGGAAUGAAAUGGGAAGAAAUAACGGUUCUUUUCUAACAGAGACUUUUCUAAGAUGACUUUAAAAGAACAGGCAAAGGGGAGCAGAGUCACAUCAGUUGUGGCUUGAGUUCGAGAUAAGCAGAAGUGUGUGUGUGCUUAAUGUCACAUGGCAGGAGGCUUUCCCCAGAAUAGUUUGCCGGCCCAGGGAGCCCUUUCAUUUUGUGUCUGAUAGAGCUGUACUUUGGAAAAUAACCCAGUUCCCUGCCGAUUGCUUCAUUAUGGAUUAUACAGUGAGCAUGUUUUUGAACACAUUAACACCGAAGUUCUACGUGGCCCUGACAGGCACUUCCUCACUAAUAUCAGGGCUCAUUUUGAUAUUUGAAUGGUGGUAUUUUCGCAAGUAUGGAACAUCAUUCAUUGAACAAGUGUCAGUAAGCCACUUGCGCCCCCUCCUGGGAGGGGUUGACAACAACUCCUCCAACAAUUCUAACUCCAGUAAUGGGGACUCAGAUUCCAACAGGCAAAGUGUCUCAGAAUGCAAAGUAUGGCGAAAUCCACUGAAUUUAUUUAGGGGCGCUGAAUAUAAUCGGUACACUUGGGUGACAGGACGAGAGCCUCUGACUUACUAUGACAUGAAUCUCUCUGCCCAGGACCACCAGACGUUCUUUACUUGUGACUCAGACCACCUGCGUCCUGCAGAUGCAAUAAUGCAGAAAGCCUGGAGAGAGAGAAACCCCCAAGCUAGGAUUUCUGCAGCUCAUGAAGCCUUAGAGAUAAAUGAAAUUAGGUCCAGAGUUGAAGUUCCCCUAAUUGCUUCCUCUACCAUCUGGGAGAUAAAAUUGUUACCAAAGUGUGCAACUGCUUAUAUUCUCUUGGCUGAAGAGGAAGCAACAACCAUUGCUGAAGCAGAAAAGCUGUUUAAGCAGGCCCUGAAGGCUGGAGAUGGCUGUUACCGGCGUUCUCAGCAGCUACAGCAUCACGGAUCCCAGUAUGAAGCCCAACAUAGACGAGAUACCAACGUCUUGGUCUACAUCAAAAGAAGGCUAGCAAUGUGUGCCAGAAGACUCGGGAGGACCAGGGAAGCAGUGAAAAUGAUGAGAGAUUUGAUGAAGGAGUUCCCCUUGCUGAGCAUGUUCAACAUCCAUGAAAACCUUCUAGAAGCACUUCUGGAACUACAAGCAUAUGCUGAUGUUCAGGCAGUCUUAGCAAAGUAUGAUGAUAUAAGCUUACCAAAGUCGGCAACAAUAUGCUAUACAGCUGCCUUGCUCAAAGCAAGAGCUGUCUCUGACAAAUUCUCUCCCGAGGCUGCAUCUCGGCGGGGGCUGAGCACAGCAGAGAUGAACGCAGUAGAGGCCAUUCACAGAGCUGUGGAAUUCAACCCUCACGUGCCAAAAUACCUACUAGAAAUGAAAAGCUUAAUUCUACCCCCAGAACAUAUCCUGAAGCGAGGGGACAGUGAAGCAAUAGCAUAUGCGUUCUUUCAUCUGGCGCACUGGAAGAGGGUGGAAGGGGCUUUGAAUCUUUUGCAUUGUACGUGGGAAGGCACUUUUCGGAUGAUCCCUUAUCCCCUGGAAAAGGGACAUCUGUUUUAUCCUUACCCAAUCUGUACAGAAACAGCAGAUCGAGAGCUGCUUCCAUCUUUCCAUGAAGUCUCAGUUUACCCAAAGAAGGAGCUUCCCUUCUUCAUCCUCUUCACUGCCGGAUUGUGUUCCUUCACAGCCAUGCUGGCCCUCUUGACACAUCAGUUCCCGGAACUCAUGGGGGUCUUUGCAAAAGCUAUGAUUGACAUUUUCUGCUCGGCAGAGUUCAGGGACUGGAAUUGCAAGAGCAUUUUCAUGCGUGUUGAAGAUGAACUGGAAAUUCCACCGGCACCUCAAUCUCAACAUUUCCAAAACUGAACUCAUCACGCUCUUCCCCCACCACCAAAACCACCCCUCCUCCUGUAUUCCUGACCUCUGCCAUUGCCUCUGCCAUCCACCCAGUUACUCAAGCCAGAAGCGCAGGAGCCCUCCCAGGCUCCUCUCUCACUCUCCACACCCUACCUGUCUCAGCUCCCAGUCUGUCGGAUCUAACCUCCAAUGCUACUAGGCGCUCAGUAAAUGUAAUUCAUCCCUACUUGGCCCCUUCUCUCCCCGUAGCAUCUCUCUCAGUUUAGGUCUUGUUAUUUCUUGCUUGGACUCCUCUGCCAGAGUCUUAACUGGUCUCCUUGCUUCCAGUUCCAUCCCCUGCCAGUCCUUCUCUCGUACUGACACAAGAAUGAUCUUUCUAAAAUGCAAGUCUGAGCAUGUCACUUCCCUGCUUGAAUUUCUCCAAAGGUUUCCCACCAACUUCAGAAUAAAGUCCCAGAUCUUUAGCAAGGCAUGCAAGGUCCUUUACAAUCAUGCCUUGCUUGCCUCUUCGGCCUCAUCUCUCCCACCUCUUGCAUAGACACUGCUCUUAGACCAUAGUGACUCACCACUCCCAGAUGCACAGGCUCUUGUACACCUCAGUGCCUUUGCACGUGCCUUUUGCUCUGCAUGGAAUGCCCUUCCCCAUCACCACCUUGGCUUGUCCACUCUACUAACUCCUCUUCACUCUUUUACACUCCGCUUUCUUUCUAAGUUUCUCCCAAGCUGAGUUAGAGGUCUUUCCUCCGUGAUCCCACAGUACUCUAUGAAUACCUAUAUUAUCACACUUAUUGUACUAUAAUUGUUAAAAACUUGUCCGUCCCCCUUUUAGAAUGUGAGCUCCUUGAGAGCAGGACUGUGUCUUCCUCAUCUCUGUAUCCCCAAAGCUUUGCACAGUGCCUUGCACGUAGUAGGUUUUCAAUAAAUGAUUAUUAAAUAAAUAAA